GACGGAUUUUGGUAGCCCAUAAGGUACAACAAAAAUCUGGACUACUGCUUUGAUACCUAUAGAGGGCACUUCCGAGAUGAAGUUGCACGCGCAAGUUUGUUGUUUCCUAAGCAGCAAGUAGUACCAAUUGAAGUCGAAUGCCCGUAUUCUGUUGACACACCGUAGAUCGUCGUGCUUUGUCUUUUAAUCGCUAGCAGUUGAUACUGAUCACAAACUAAUUGCUAGAAGAGAUAACUUAUUGAUCCCCUUUGGGUCACCAAUUGUUCCGCAUUUUCGGCGUGGCUAGGAGGCUGUGAAAGAGUAACUGUUAAAUUAUCGUUUGAGUGGCAUAGGUUGGAGCACCACAAAAAGCCAAGUGUUUUGGAGUUUUAAACUGCAAGCGUUAGCAGCUUGGAGCAGUAAUGCAUGAAACUAAGAGCCCACCAUUACACCCCACUGAGCACCCAAGACUGACUAGUGACGAAGUCAUCAUUAUUGUAGUCUGUUGUUCUUGUGCAGUGCUCCUUAUUCUGAUAGUGGGCCUACUUCUUUUAGUGUUCCGCAGAGAUCGUCACUGUUGCAGGUCCUUGUUUUCAUCAUGCACGAGAAUAAAUUCUCCAACAGAGGGACAAUCCACUCAUCAGAGCAGCUUGCAUCUAGUAGAUGGUGUCCAAAGUAGCCAGAAUCAGAAUGUUGAAAUGGGAUAUGAUAACCCUGUCUCUGAGAGUGCAGAUCCUUAUAUUAUUGCACAUCCUGAAUGUUAUCAGUUACCAGAAUGGAUGUAUGGCCUACCCCGCCUGCCCAGUUACGAGAGUGUACGGAAAAAGGAUCGUCAGCAGGAGAUACACCAACUGAUUGCCGAACGCUUUGGUUUAAAUGUGCCUUCUUAUGAUGAGCAGAAUCCUCCAUCUUAUGAAGAGUCAUUGAGGUCAACAGAUGAACAACCUAAUGAGAGUACAGACCUUCACAUGGUAUCAACACCAGCCUCUCCAAGCAGAAGCUUGGAAAUGUCCAGUGAACUCACCAUUCAUGAAGAUGGAAAUGUUUCUGAAGAAAGCUACGUAAUGAAUGCUGAGUCAAACAAUUUAGAACAAACCUCAAUGCAAGAAGAAAUACAUGACUCAGAGGUUCCUGUCCCCUGUACAGAUUCUAACAUAUCAGAGUGUCCUCAGUGUACAGAAUCUCUUCCACCCUGAUAUCUUUUCAAGACGUCACUAUACAUGAAUGUCUUCAACAGUAAACUUCAGACAGACUCAACAGAUGUUUUUAACACAAAAUACUUAUUUGUAAUAUUAGCUCAGUGUGUUUCUGAGCUCUGUCUGCCUGCUGCAUUGCCAAAGACCACUUUGGUCCACUGAAUUUGUUACAGUUUUGAGUCUUUUCAUAUAAAAUGCAGACUCCACAGCCUGCCUUAAACAUCGGG